UGCUUACUCGGAAUUUAGACGCCCUUCUCGUCUAGCGCGCCGGCGCCAGUGCGCCACCGCCUCCUUCCAUCUCCGUUCGCCGCCAUCGCCACCUCGUCCUCGAUUUUCCACCGCGCCCCUCUUCCUCCAAGUGUGAUCGGUGUACAUAGCAACACCGCGGCUGCUCUACGCCGCCCGUUGCUCCGCUCAUCAGAGGAAAGAAAUGCCUCAUGCGGCGGCGUCGCUCUCCGUGCUGCUCCGCCGCCUCUCAUCCCACCCCUCCAACUCCCCCGCAUUUCACGCCGCGCUGCUCAAGUCAUCUUCCCUCUCCAGCCCCAUCCCGGCCACCGCGCUCCUCACGGCCUACGCGAAAGCCGGCCUUCCGGGCGCCGCGUCCCGUCUGUUCGACGAAAUGCCCUCGCGCGACGCCGUCGCCUGGAACGCGCUCCUUGCCUGCCAGGUCCGCCACGCGCGCCCCGCUGCCGCAGCGCAGGCUUUCCGAGGCAUGGCAGCCGCCGGGUUCGCGCCCACCGCCACCACCCUCUGCACCAUGCUCAAGGCGUGCGCAUCCUCCCGCGCCCUCCGGCCGGGCUGCCAGGUCCACGCGCGUACAGUUCUUGCGUGCCAUGGUGAUGCCAUUAUGACGACGGCACUCGUUGAUCUCUACAUGAGCUGUGGCCGUGUCGAGGAGGCGAAGAAACUGUUUGCCCACACGGACUGCCCGAAGGAUGUGGCGCUAUACAACGCUGUUCUUUCAGGCUGUGUGGAGAAUGGCCAGUUCCAUGAGGCUUUCUUGAUGCUGGGAGGCGUUGGGCUCAAUGGAAUCACACUGACAUGCGCUCUCACGGCCUGCUCUGCCACUGCAAAUGUGGCGUAUGGUUUGCAGGUGCAUUGCAAGGCUCUCCGUCUGGGGUUUGAUUACGAGACUGUGCUGUGCAAUGCACUUAUCGACAUGUAUGCAAAGUGUGGCCGGACAGCAGGUGCGCGUGUGCUGUUUGAUCGGAUGGCUGGCAGAAAUGUGGUUUCCUGGUCCAGUAUGAUUGAUGGUUAUAGUCGCCAUGGGCUCGGCAAAGAGGCUUUGGAUUUGUUUAAGAGGAUGGAGGAAGCUGUACCCAUAGUCUUGCCAAAUGCCAUUACGUUUCUUGCUGUUCUCUCAGCGUGUGGACACUCUGGUCUUGUGAAUGAAGGCCGGGCCAUGUUACAUUUGAUGAAAAGCAAGUAUGCAAUUGAACCAGGACCAGAGCACUACACAUGUUUUAUUGACAUGUUAGGGCGAGCAGGACAGAUGGACGAGGCAUGGGAUCUCUACUGUAGCUUGCGUGCAAACCGGAAUGAGCUUUAUGGUGCUAUCUCUGUGGCUAUGCUGAAUGCAUGUAUAGUUAACAUGGAUGCAGUGAGAGGUAACACGGUGGCUAAGCUUCUUGUCGAAGUUGAUCCACAAAAUCCUCGAAUUCUUGUGUUAAUAUCAAAUUUUCAUGCUGCUGCUAGACGAUGGUCUGUAUCGGAUGAGUCAAGAAAGGUUAUAAUGGACAAGGGUCUCAGGAAAGAAGCAGCUAUUACAGAUUACAGAACCUGAAGGAACUGCAGUUAUGUUCAGCGUCUAUUUCCUUUUUGUCAGUGGAUUUGGUAGCACAACACAGAAUUUAGGUUUGUCGGGCUGUUUUAGGGAAACCAUCAAGUAAUCUGUUUUGGGUUUACUCCUCAACAACAGUCCUUAGGUUGAUACAUGUCUUCUGUCAGUCUGAUGCAACAUGCCAUGGAGAAGAAUUAGAGUCUCUCCUGAAAGUAUGUCAAUGACCAGAGCUUAAAUGUAGACAUUCUGACUGAAGAGUGAAGACCACCAGCAAUCAUUUUGGA